AUCCGAACUCGCCAGUAUCCAACGCGAGUAUUAGUUCAAACCCGGGCAUACCCACCAACGGCGAAAACCCUAUACUACAGAACCGGUCAUGGAUUAUCUCCGGAAGAUCCGGAAGAUCCGGAACAAGCACAAGGGACAGGCAAAGGUAGAUCGAGUGGGCAGCGAGGCGAGCGGUAGUACAGCCGGGUCUAAAAAGAAAGAGAAGGAAACUGCUAAUGUAAGUGAAUUGCCCUCCCAACUAUCUGUAUACCGUAAUACAGGACCUAUUUAGCGACUUGACUGACAUGGGCCGUGAUCUGCAGGCUGAAUUGUCUGCGGAAACUACGGUUUGUGCGUUUGUUCCGACCGCUGAGCAGCAGGCUGAUGAAACCUAGGACGAGGGACCCGAACAGGAGGAAAAUGAGAGAGAGGAGGAAAGAUUUGGUUUAUUUGUAGUGACCCCGGAGAAUAGGGAUGCGGUAGUUGAGUAAGCGUGUUCCUCUGGGUUUUCGAACCAAGAGUCUCCCUGGCCCUAUACUGACGGCCCUAAGCAUUGUUGCUCUGCACGGGUUGGGGGGAGAUAGGUUACAAACGUGGACGCAUGAGAGUGGCGCUUGCUGGAUUCGAGACUUUCUCCCCGAGCAAAUACCGGGAGCUAGAAUUAUGACCUUUGGUUAUAAUUCUGGCGUCGCUUUCAGUAAAAGUGUUGCCGGAAUAUCAACUUUUGCGGGUGAUCUGCUGAAUAGGCUUAAGGGCCUCCGGAGGCAUUUAACUGUAAACGAUAUAUCUCCAACUGCGCCCACCGAAUGCGCUAAUGUUUGUGUUUUCUAGGAGUCAACCCGACCAAUCAUUUUCAUAUGUCAUAGCCUAGGAGGUAUAGUUUGCAAAAGGGUAUGCCAAUCAUGAGAUCACUCUAAAUAUGGCCAUACUGAUAUUAUCCGAACGCUGGAGUCGCUCGUCCUUUCUCACGAGCAGCCUAUGUAUCAGGAAAUCCUAAAGUCAACACUCGGCAUAGUCUUUAUGGGCACACCACAUCGUGGUUCCACAAUUGCGGACUGGACAAAAAUGUUCACUUCGAUCAUUGACAGUGUCCUUGUUGGCACGCGGAUGCGUUCGGAUCUUUUGAAAGAUCUUGGGACCAACUCCCGUGCCCUGCAAGAAAUCACCAGCUCCUUCAAGUAUCGCACAUCUGGCUUGCAGAUCGUGACAUUCUAUGAGCAAGAAAUCACCGCUCCGUUAAAGAAACUUGUGAGAAGUAUUUGCCUUCAUUUUUUUUAGUUACUUGAGCCAACUAAUGCUCUUCGUACAAGGUUGUCGAUAUGGACUCUGCAAUUCUUGACCUUCCUAACGAGAGACCGGUGCCCGUGAAUGCAAACCACAGAGAGAUUUGCAAGUUCUCUCACGCCAAGAGCGAAAAAUAUCGUCCGGUAUGGGUGGCUAUAUCGGAUAUGGUUUCAAGUAUCCAGGUAGACCGUGCAGCCGCUGCAGAGUCGAGUACGUAGGCAUAGCCUUUACAUUAAUAUCAGGUUCACAAGCGACAGCAUGAGCUCAUUACUGUGACCCCAUUAGAAAGUAGAAGCCGGGACCAGGAAAAAUGCCUCCGGAUGCUAGCCUGUGUGGAUUUUUCUAGUAUUCUGCAAGCCAUUCCUGCCAGGCACAAGGGAACUUGCGAAUGGAUAUCUAAUGAGUCCCAACUUGGCGAAUGGGAAAUGAGCAAAAGCUCGAAACUACUAUGGUUAUAUGGAGCUCCGGGAUUUGGUAAAACAGUCAUGUCGAAGUAUAUCAUCGAACGGUGCGAACGCCAGGAGACCCCACUGGUGGCGUAUUUCCAUUGCGACGGCAAAGAUGAAUCAAGGAAAACAGAGUUAAACACCCUCCGCUCAAUCAUCUUCCAGCUUCUCGCUCGAAAUUCGGGAUUUUUCGGGCACGUGUCAAAGUAUAUGGAGAUGGAGAGGCUAGGAUUCAUGACAAACUUCUCCACCACAGUCCCAACUCUAUGGAAGAUCUUGGGGGAGAUAUGCGCGACGUCCGUUCGAGAGAUACGUAUAGUCAUCGAUGGUGUCGACGAGCUCCAAGCCACCGAUGUUCCACAUCUCGUACAAGGUCUCAUAGAUCUUGUGCUCAGUACAGGUACACAGUCUGCGCUGAAGGUGGCUGUGGUGAGCCGACCGGAGUUUGAUAUAGAACGUCUGCUUUCACCUGCUUGGGUUGGAAAGAUCGAGCUGAGUUCUGCUCGAUCCCAGAAAGAUAUCGAAAGCUUCCUUUCCGAAACCGUAGGGAAGUUCGCUGCAGAGAAUGACUUUCCUGACGAUCAAAGGGAUGCCGUCAUCGAAGCACUUAAGACAAGGUCAGAUGGCAUGUUUUUGUGGGCGACAUUAGCGUGGACAUCUUUUGUGGGAGGUGACGACGAUUGGAGCAGGGCCUCGAUCAAGGCCCGGAUCAAUGAGCUCGAACACCUCCCUCGCGGUCUCGAUGCGUUAUACCGUACUAUGUUGAAAAGGAUUUCGAAAUCGAAGCAACCUAAGACCAGGCUCCUUUUAACCUGGCUGGUCCAUGCUUUUCGGCCAUUGAAAGUUCAGGAAUUAAAUGUUGUGCUCGCUCUUCGGCCCUUCCAUUCCUCGCAUUUUGAUCUUGAGGAAAACCUGGGAUUCAAUCCAGAGAAAAGGCUCCGUUCCCUGUGCGGCGAUCUGAUAAACAUUCGGAACGGGGGUGUGAGCCUUCUACAUCAAUCUACGAGAGAAUUUCUGGUGUCAUCACUUGGUCAUCCGGAAGAUCGAUUCGAAGACGGUGGAGACUUCGUGCUUGAUGCCAAUGCGGCCUCGUUGGAAUUGACUGUCAAUUGCCUAACUUAUCUCAAUUUCGACGGCUUUGACAUCCGCCAAGCGCCCUCCCUCAGGAGAGCAUAUUUUUCUACAAACGAUGUCGAUGCAGAUACUGAAAAUUUUCCAUUCGUCAAGUAUUGUGCAGAGUACUGGCCCAAGCACGCAGCUUUGGUAUCGAAAGCCGGGGCGGAAGAAGUGCUGAAGUUAGUGCAAAGGCUUACGGAGAGCGAAUACAAAUUCGCCUUUGAAUACCAGUUGCGGCGCAGCUUGCUCGGCAAGAGCCCGAGGGAUCCACCACCUUUGCUGCACCUUAUUGUAAAAUACGAGCUUUUUAAUGUGCUCCUCGUGCUUGGGCCCAAAAUGAAACAUAUGAAUCAGAUAAAUUCCAACACCGAAACCGCGCUUCACGUGGCCGUGGGCUCUAGAUCACACCCUCAGAAUAUCCUUCGAUAUCUUCUCAAGCACCAAGGAGUUGAUGUCAAUGCAAAAACAAUGUUUGGGGAGACAGCGCUGCAUUAUGCCAUGAGGAUCGCCGAGGAGGGCGGGAUCGAGCCUUUCCUUACAGAAAGAAGAGUCGACCUCAAUAUACGCAAUAGAGACGGCAUAGCGCUUGUCCACCUAGCCAUCAACCGCGAUUGGGGUAUUUUAGAUCGACUGAUACUUGAUCCAAGAGUAGACCUGAACUGCGAAGAUCCAAAGGGAACGUCUCCACUUCUAAUCGCCGCCUACUGGGGUAAAGAGUCCAUAACUAGAAAUAUCAUCAAGUCGAGAAGAGCCAGGUUGAGGGUGACGGAUUCAGAGGGAAGAACGCCGCUUCAACAUUGCAUUAGGCAAGAUUGGAGAGACCUGGCUAAGAUGUGUUUGGAUGAUGAUGAAGUUGGCGCCAAUGAAAUAGACCGGGAUGGAAACAGCAUUCUCCAUUUACUCACGUCGAUGGGCUGGGCCGAUGUUGUGAAAUAUCUGCUCAAGCGAAAGUCAGUCAAUGUCAACGCCAAAAAUAAAGAUGGCCAAACGGCCUUACACCUGGCCGCAAGGUAUCGUGAGGCUGAGAUCGUGCGCCUCCUGACCACGCACCAAGCCAUGCUAGAUGUCAGGGAUAAAGACGGGCGAACAGCACUGCAACGAGCAGCCGAAUUUGGAUCAAAACCGGUGCUCAUGGCGCUUGUUGAAGGUGGAUCCAACCUCGCCCUAGUUGAUAAAGAAAAAAUGACAGUCCUUCAUUGGGCAGCAACAUGGAGCUGGGAGGAGGUUGUAGCGAUGCUACUUCAGAGGAUGGAGUCGGAUGUGAAGGCCAAAAAUAGUGAUGGGAAAACCGCGCUUCAUAUAGCAGCCCAGUGCGGGAAUAGGAACAUCGUUCGGCUCCUCAUGGCAAGAGGAUUUGAUCCCGCAGAUAAAGACUACCAAAACAACAAUGCCUUGCAUUGGGCAGCGAAGGGCCAGAACCCCGAUAUAGUUUUGGACCUGCUGGAGUCUAACCCGAACCUCGUCAACAAUAGAUGCAUCGCCCAGAAGUCACCAUUGCAUCUUGCCACGACCUGGGGGAAUAUGGGGGUGGUGCAGGCGCUGCUACGGGGAGGCGGUCAAGUGCAGGCUACCGACGACUUUGGCAUGACACCUUUACACUGCGCCGCCAAGCAGGGCGAUAUCCAGAUUGUCGAAGUGAUCCUGCGAGACCGAGGAGUAGAUGUCAAUGCGGAGGACCAUCUCGGAAGGACCCCGUUGUAUAUUGCUUGUGAGUGGUACAACAGGAGGGUCACCGAAACUCUCCUGAGAAUCCACGGAAUCUCCAAGAGGGGGUUAAAGGACUGGCACUUAA